AUGACGGACGAUGAAGUAGGCGAGGAUGAAGUGGGAGAUGGAAAAAGGGCCAAGCAUUCCGCAGAGGAUCGAGGGCUCACUUUGCUACGAAUUGUGAGUAGAAAAACUACAUAUAGUAACGAGACACAUACCGUAUUUCAGAAAGGGUGUGCCAUUCUAUCAAUAAUGGCAAACAGUACAAAUUCCCGUUGUAACGCAUUCCAGGCCGUCCAAGGGUUCUUCCUAGAGUCCGUCAAUGCUCCCGAGCACGUCAUUAAUGUCCUAGCACAUGGUGGUUGGAGUAUCUCUGUCGUGUCAAUAGUCAAUAUUGUGCGAGCUCUCACAAAAGAGCGGCAGGGGGAAAUCAGGAAGCUCUCAAGGACUGGCCUUUGUGCACUGGCAUAUGACAACCUUGACUUUGACUUCAGCGUGAAGGAGCCGACUGUGGAGAAUGCUGGUAGCUUUGCUAGUAUAACAACAGGAACAUUCAUCCAGUUGACACCUGACACAAUGUUGGAUGACCUAUGCUUUUCAAAGGAGCUAUGGGAGAAGAGCCCCCUAAAUCCC